AUGGGAUCCAGAGCUGAAGGGAGUCCACCUGCUGUGUUUGAUUGGUUCUUUGAAGCAGCCUGCCCAGCCUCCCUGCAGGAGGAUCCCCCCAUCCUGCGGCAGUUCCCCCCAGACUUCAGGGACCAGGAAGCUAUGCAGAUGGUGCCCAAAUUCUGCUUCCCUUUUGAUGUGGAAAGGGAGCCCCCCAGCCCUGCUGUCCAGCACUUCACCUUCGCUCUCACCGACUUGGCUGGCAACCGCAGGUUUGGGUUCUGCCGCCUGCGGGCAGGCGCCCAGAGUUGCCUGUGCAUUCUCAGCCACCUGCCUUGGUUCGAAGUCUUCUACAAGCUGCUCAACAACGUGGGGGACCUCCUGGCCCAGGGCCAAGUCUCGGAGGCUGAAGAACUGCUCCAAAAUCUUCUGCAACAGCCCCCGCCCGAGCCCCAGGCCUUGGUGGGGCUGGAGUUGGGCAGCGGACUAAUGGUCUCCAGCGCGCACAGCAUCCAGCCGGCUACUCCAGGGAACAGCAGGCCGCGUUCCUGCUUCGUGGCCCCGGACUCGGGCCGCCUGCCAUCCAUCCCUGAGAACAGGAACCUAACGGAGCUGGUGGUGGCGGUGACCGACGAGAACAUCGUGGGGCUGUUCGCGGCGCUGCUGGCGGAGCGAAGGGUCCUGCUCACUGCCAGCAAGCUCAGCACCCUGACCUCGUGCGUUCACGCGUCCUGCGCUCUCCUGUACCCCAUGCGCUGGGAGCACGUUCUGAUCCCCACGCUGCCUCCGCAUCUGCUGGACUAUUGCUGCGCGCCCAUGCCAUACCUCAUUGGGGUGCACGCCAGUCUGGCGGAGAGAGUACGAGACAAAGCCCUGGAGGACGUCGUGGUGAUGAACGUGGACUCCAAUACCUUAGAGACGCCCUUUGACGACGUGCAGGCGCUGCCCCCGGACGUGGUGUCUCUGCUGAGGUUGAGGCUAAGGAAGGUCGCCCUGGCCCCGGGGGAAGGAGUGUCCCGUCUGUUCCUAAAAGCCCAAGCCUUGCUUUUCGGGGGCUACCGCGACGCACUUGUCUGCAACCCGGGCCAGCCCGUGACCUUCAGUGAGGAAGCCUUCUUGGCUCAGAAGCCCGGGGCGCCCCUACAGGACUUCCACCGGCGGGCCGUGCACCUGCAGCUGUUCAAACAGUUUAUCGAAGGCCGGCUGGAGAAGCUCAACACCGGAGAGGGCUUCUCAGAUCUCUUUGAGCAGGAAAUCACCUGCAGCGAGGCCUCCGCAGGCGCCCUCCGCUCCUACCAGCUCUGGGCAGACAACCUGAAGAAAGGUGGUGGUGCCCUCCUGCACUCGGUCAAGGCUAAGACCCAACCAGCUGUGAGGAACGUGUACCGCUCAGCCAAGAGUGGCUGGAAGGGGGUGCAGAGCCUUCUGAUGUACAAGGAUGGGAGCUCUAGCCUGCAGAGAGGGGGCUCCCUGAGGACGCCGUCUCUGACCAGCCGGUCAGAUCGCCUGCAACAGCGCCUGCCGAUCACCCAGCACUUUGGACAAAACCGGCCCCUUCGCCCGAGCAGACAUCACCGGCUGAAAGAAGGACCUUCUGAGCCCCCGGGACCAGGGAUGCCCCCUCUGAGCCCUGAGGAUGCCGGGGGCUCGUGGGCAGAGGAAGCCCUGGACAGCAGCUUCUUGGGGUCCGGAGAGGAACUGGACUUGCUGAGUGAGAUUCUAGACAGUCUGAACGUGGGCGUCAGAAGCACAGGGAGCCUGCGCCCCAGCCAGAGCCUGGACUGCUGUCACAGAGAGGAUGUGGACGGUGGCUUCAGCCUGGUACCAGGGAGACCAAGAUGGAAUCCCGAGGAUGAGAGGGCACCAGAAUGCCAACUGCUCUCCCUGCCCACUGAACUGCUGUCUCUCCGAGACCCCCAGACCUCAGACACCUCAAGCUGCUCAAAAAACCCCGGUUCCCAGCUGCCUUCAGAACCCUGCCAAGACAUCAUGUCUCCCUCCCAGCCCUCAGCUGUCUCUGCAGACCCAAGCAGCCAAGGGGACCCAGAAUCCUCUCUUCCCACUGAGCCCUGCCCCCUGAUUCUACACCUCUCUCCUCCCCACGAAGCACAGGAAGAAUUGAGAAGCCAGCAGAACACCUGUUCCUCCCUCUCUGCCAUGCAGAGCCAGCCCAACCCUCCAGAAAGCCCCCGACCCAAGUCCAACCUUGAUACUGCCGGGGUGUCCCAGCCUCCGGGUGCCUCUCCAGAUCCCAGUUCCCCAGUGACCCCCAUAGCCCAGCCUUCCCAGGGCCUGCUGGCAGAGCAGGCUCAUCUCCAGCCCCUGAAAGAGUUGGGAGCCCCCAGAACCCUUGCUGCUCCCAUCAGUGAUGACGGUUGGGAGCCCCAGGCCAGAAGCCGACCCCGAGUCUCUGAGCUUAAGAAGUGUUUUGAGGGUUAA